AUGGAAGCAUCUCAAAGGACUCAUACUCCUAAGAUGGCUCACAAUCAGCAAAUAUGGUAACCAUAAUCAACACUGGAUUGUAUUUAAGCUUAUUAAAGGUUUAACUAUGAUAACGGAAAGCAUUACAGAGUGGAGUCAGAUAAGGGGUAAUAAGUAAGAAUUGAGUCUCCACAAAAGUUAUACUAUACACCACAAUCGGAUAAACUUGAAGGAUAUUCAUAAUGUCCAAGACCUGUUGCACUGCCUUAUGAAAACGUGAUAGAUUAUAACCUUAGACUUCAGACCUCUUAAUACAAACGAAUUUAAAAAGAUUCUCUCAAUGUAAUUGGAAGUUUUUAAGAUUCAAGAAAUCAAAACAUUAAAAAUCGAGUGCCAACUUAGCAACUAAUGUCGCAUCUCUCAGGAACCAAAACAGCAUUCAAAAUUAACAUUGAAAAUUAUCGUGAUAAACUUAUCAACUCUGUGUCUAAACACAUACCAAGUGACACUCCAGAGAAAAAAUAUAAUGUAGAAAUUGAAGAAUUAUUGUCUGAGUCUAAGCCUUUGACUCAAAAUACAGGCAAGAGAAUUAAAAAAGGAUAGGAAUAGAUUGAGUAACUAAGAAAAAAACUCAUGAGCAAUUAGAGUGGAAAAAGUAUUCAUGGUCGAGUUUUAUCUUCUCCUCCUGAAUAACCAAAGUUUCAUGGAUCUAAUUCAGGAUCACCAUUAAGAGGUUAAAGUGCAUUAGAUCAAACUUAAAUAUCAAAUUUCAGGGCAACUUCAGCCACAUAUCAAUUCAGACCUGCAACAACUAAUACUGGCUUCAAAUCAAUCGCUAACAAAUCUAUAAAUAUCAGUAGUAUAGCUUCGCCUAAAUAAACUAACUUUAGCAUGAACAAUACUAACGCUAAGCAAGAUCUAAUAAAUCAAUCUAUGGCUGAAUAAAGUUCUUAUAAGUAUGAUCCAAACCAAUCACUCAUUAGUAAUUUCUGGCAUAAAAAGGCAAGAACUGUCGAUGGAUUUGAGACUCUUAAAGAAAGGUAUCAGGGAACUUUAAUUAAGUCAUUCCUUGAAUAAGCUAGACAGAGAUAAAACUUAAAUGCUGAUGAAUAAGGUAAAAGUGUAAAUUAAGAUUUUGAUAAGUUUCGAAAUAAAUGGGUUGAUACUGAUGAAAGCUAGAGUUUCACCUUGUAUAAUCAGACUAAAACUGGAAGAGAGCUUCUCUAGUAAGUAAAAUAACAAGAGAUAGAUUAAUCGAUUUCACUUCCAAAAAAGGUACAGGAAUAUAGAGCUAAGACCAAGGGACGAUUCGGUGGUACCUAGAUCAAUGAUCCUGCUAUUAACUUUAAUAAAGAUAAAAAAUGGCUUCUUAAAGCUAACCCUGUAGCUAAAGCGGCUGAAGAUAAAUAUAUUAGAAGAGAUAGAUUUUUGCUAGAAAAAAGAAGAUUCUAAAGAAUUUUAAAGGAAAUAUAAUGUGAAGAAGUUGCAGGGAUUAAAGGAGUUACUAAAAUGCCAGAGUAGUUUGUAAUGAAAACAAAACCGCCAUAAUGA